AUGAUCGACUCCGGCAAAGAAUCCCUUCACCCAGCAACCCCUCACAAUGCACUGGACAGCCCAGCUCCAUCCAAGAGGAGAAAGCUACCUGGAAGCGGCAAAACCACCCUUCUCGAACACAUCCUCCUCUCGCCCGACCAUGGCCUCCGCAUCGCAGUCAUAGUAAAUGACAUGAGCAGUUUGAACAUCGACGCAACCCUAAUCAAACACCACCACACCGUCUCCCACACGAAGGAAUCCCUCAUCCAGCUACAAAACGGUUGCAUAUGCUGCACACUCCGCGGGGACUUACUCGCCGAGCUAGCGCGACUAGCAUCCCAAGAUGGAGUCGAGUACGUCGUUAUCGAGAGCACAGGGAUUAGUGAGCCGAUGCAGGUGGCUGAGACGUUCACGGCGGAUGUCAAACAAGGCGGUCUCCACACCCUCACUACCCUCGACACCACCGUAACUGUCAUCGACGCAUUCAAUCUCCACUCUAACCUGGACACCGCGGAAUUUCUGUCCGAUAGAUAUACCUCCGGGGAAGUAAUCCCCGAGGAUGAGCGAACCAUUUCCGACCUGAUGGUCGAUCAGAUUGAGUUCGCGGAUGUGAUUAUCAUCAACAAGAUUGAUCUCGUUGAUAAGGUUGCUAAAGAGAAGAUCCACACACUGAUCAAAUUGCUUAAUCCCGCGGCCAAGGUCAUGGAGGCGAAGUACUCCAAGAUUGAUGUUAGGGAGAUUCUGGGCACGGGGAGGUUUGAUUUCGUCAAGGCGGCGAGCGGUGCCGGCUGGUUGAGGAGUCUGCAUGAGAUGAGUCGGUUGAAUACUGGGAAUGGGGACAGGGUGGCGCCGAGGCCGGAGACGGUUGAGUAUGGGAUUAAUAACUUUGUGUAUACGGCUAGACGGCCGUUUCAUCCCAGGAGGCUGUUCAAGUUGCUCCAUGAUAACCUCGCCCCCAUCCUCCGCUCCAAAGGCUUCUUCUGGCUCGCCACCCGCCCAUACCAAUUCGGCGAAUGGAGCCAAGCCGGCGCCAUGCUCACAUUGGGCUGUGGUGGCGGGUGGUUCGCCGAACUACCUGACGAAGCAUGGCCGGAGGAUGCGGACGUGCGCAAGUCCAUUGAAGACGACUUCAAGGGUGAAUGGGGCGAUCGGCGUCAGGAGAUUGUCUUCAUUGGGGAGGGCAUUGAUACGGCAGCAAUUAAAAAGCUGCUUGAUGAGUGUCUGCUAGACAAAAAGGAGAUGAAGAAGUGGGAGAAAGUGAUGCGGACGAAGGGGGUCAAGAGGGCCGAGAAGCAGGAGGUUAUGGCGGGGAUUUGGGAGGAUGGAUGGGAGGAUUGGCCUGAUUUGGAGGAGGAUGAUAUUAAGGAUGAGGAGGAGGAGAAGAAGAAUGGGGAGAAGAGUGGGAAGAGGAAGGCAAGUGAAUUGAUGAACGGCCAUGGACAUGGACAUGCUCAUGCUCAUGGGCACUCCCAUGCACAUGGACAGGCACAUAAGACUCGACCAGUGGUUAAGGAAUGA